AUGCUUGAAAUCGACCUUUUGAAGGCUUUAGACGGGCUGGUCAAGUUGGCAGAUUUCGGAGUGGCCAGUCGCACGACGGGCCUACAUGAAUCAAGCGUCGUCGGCACUCCGUAUUGGAUGGCACCCGAAGUCAUUGAGCUCUCAGGAGCGACGACAUCAUCGGAUAUCUGGAGUCUGGGCUGUACAGUGAUUGAGCUUCUUGAUGGGAAGCCUCCAUACCACAAGUUGCAGCCUAUGCCUGCGCUCUUCCGUAUAGUAAAUGAUGAUCAUCCCCCACUACCUCAGGGAGCGUCGCCUGCAGUAAAAGAUUUCUUGAUGCAAUGUUUCCAAAAAGAUCCCAAUCUUCGUGUAUCUGCUCGCAAACUUUUGAAACAUCCUUGGAUAGUUAACGCACAUCGAUCAGAGUCAGUGGUCCCAAAGAAGCCUACUGAAUACGAAGAAGCAGUUAAGAGUGUCCAGGAAUGGAAUGAAGCUCUUCGCUCCCCCGACUCGACGACAGUAAGAAGGUCUGUUCGGACUGAUCAUCACAAUUCUGGCCUACCACGCCUUGAUCCCCUAAAUACAGGACUACGCACCAAAGAUUUGACAUCCCCUUCUAUAAAUCGAAAUGCUCCAGACAAGUUCCGCUCACCAGACCCCGAGGAUAAUUGGGAUGACGAUUUUGACUCAGCCAUCUCCCCGCGUGCUCUUGAUCUCCCGCACUUGCGGCCACAUGACCACCUUGGAGGCUUACUUUCAUCGGAGAGAUUGAAGGCAUUUGCUUCUCUAGACGGAACAACAAUGAGGGAUACAUUAGGUAGCUUCUCAGACAAUGAAACUACACUGGGGAGUUCUACAGAGCCUAUGGAUUCUGAUCCACUCGAGACCAUCCGGCCAUUACCACGCAGAGUGGCAGAUGAGAAUAAGCCAAACCUCCUCAGACCUCGUUCGCGCCAUAGAUCAGGCAAUGGUGUUGCCGCUGUUUCGGGUGUCCAGGUUCUUGGGAAUAAGCCGGUGCUUUCUCCCUCAAAGCCACUGCGGCAGACCCGUCCAGCAGCGUUUUAUUCGGAGAGCGCAGAGGAGGACUUUUCAGAUCUUAUAGUCGCUAAUGAUGAUGUUUUGGAACGUAAGCUUGGGUUAUUCUCGGAAGUCGACGACAAUACUCCCAGGACUUCAUUGCUGGUAUCGUCUCAACAAGAUGAAUACACUGGCGACAUCAACUCGGACAACAGCGAACAAACUCUCCCCAUUCGUUCGAGGGCUCGGGGCUCUAUCAAACGUAGCCGCUCUUCUAUUGAGAUACAAAAGUUUGCGGAGGAUGAGCACGAUGAGGAUUUCUCAGACAUAUUCGGUAACGAAGAAAGUACCCUUGCCAAACCGGCCAGCGAGCAUGGCUCGGAUAGAAGCACAUUGAUGCUGCAAUCUAAACUCUCGAACAACUCCUGGCUAGGAGACCAGGAUGAUGAGGACGAUCCUUUUGCUCAACUGGAGGAAGGCUUCGAUGAAAUGGAUCUAGAAACCAACAUUGCCCGGGAUAAGUACGCUCGUCUACGUAAUCAAAUCGAGGGACUUGUGAGUUCCUUGAAGACGUCACAGGAUGACGACGUACUAGCCGACAUUUCUGAGCAACUACUGGAUAUUUUCUGCGAUUUGCCAGAAACAAAGGCGAUCAUCAUCGGGUCUCAUGGCAUGCUUCCUAUGUUGGAAAUCCUAGAAGGAUGUCGGCGUCGAGAUAUCAUUUCCAACCUACUCAAAAUCAUAAACUCAAUCAUUUACAAUGAUUAUGAGAUACAGGAAAAUCUAUGUUUUGUUGGUGGCAUACCAAUUAUCAAUGAAUUCGCAUCGAAAAAGUACCCUCGAGAAAUUCGUUUAGAGGCUGCAACGUUUGUGCAACAAAUGUACCAGUCCUCGACUUUGAAUUUGCAAAUGUUCGUCAGCGCCGGUGGACUCAACGUAUUGGUUGACUUUCUCGAAGACGACUAUGAGGAUGAACGCGACCUUGUUUUGAUCGGCGUCAAUGGUAUAUGGAGCGUUUUUGAGCUGCAGGGCUCGACUCCUAAAAAUGACUUUUGCAGAAUUUUGUCGAGAAAUUCAGUGCUAGAUCCAUUGUCGCUUGUCUUGAGCAGGGUCCUUGACGAAGAUGAAGAAUUGGCCAAGAUCAGCGAGGGCCGUAUAGCCAAUAUUUUCUUCAUAUUCUCCCAAGCAGAAAACCAUGUCAAGGAAAUGGUGGCUGAAAGGACCGUGUUACACAGAGUACUAAAGGAGUUAAGACGCAUGACUCCGACGCAUCAAAUAACGAUGCUAAAAUUCAUCAAAAAUCUCUCCAUGCUGUCUACCACACUAGAGUCUCUACAGAACUCUAAUGCCAUUGAUGUUCUUACAGAACUGCUGCGUUCAACCAUGAAACAACCUCAUUUUCGGGAAGUGUCGAAUCAGAUUUUGAAUACGAUAUAUAAUAUGUGCCGUCUGAGCAAGCCACGCCAGGAAGAUGCAGCUUUGAAUGGUAUUAUUCCUCUUCUGCAAAAGAUUGUGAAAACCGAACGUCCAUUGAAAGAGUUCGCGCUUCCCAUUCUUUGUGAUAUGGCUCAUUCCGGGAGAGUCGGCCGCCGUGAACUAUGGCGCAAUAAGGGGUUGCCCUUUUAUAUCUCAUUACUAUCUGAUCCUUACUGGCAAGUUACUGCCUUAGACGCCAUUUUUGCAUGGCUUCAAGAAGAAACUGCCAAGGUCGAGGAGCACCUGCUGGAAGACCGUGCUGACGGCUUGUCUUUCACUGAUUCGAUUGUGAAAUGCCUAACAAUUUCAAAAGCCAAUGCAUUUGAAAAUCUGCUAGAGCCUCUUCAAAAGCUCUUACGGCUCAGUCCCCCCGUCGCAUCGACCCUCGCCCGGGCGGAUCUCUUCACACGCAUUCGUCAGAAGCUUCAUCAUAACAAGGCGGCUGUACGUUUGAAUUUACUACGCAUUCUCUCAAGCAUUUGUGAUUCGACGGAGGAACAGGGCGAUUUACUCGCGCGUUGUGGCCUUUUGGAUGCCAUCGGAGAGCUUGAGAAUGAUCCGGCAGUUCUUGUAAGAGACAUGGCUGGUAAACUUCUCAAGUCCAGCGAGCUCUUGGAUAGCUUAGCAGGUGCCAAAAGAAGGCCACUUUUGAGACGGACAAGCACGUCUGCUCUAUCUCAGGCAUCAGGUGCUAACCUAUCACGGCCUACUACUCCGAAUUUGAGACCUGGGCAGCCCUCAAGGGGCCUCUUUGAUGUUCCUGAAUCUCCCCGGCAUCAGCGCAAAAGCCUACGGCCGGUGACUAGAGACGGCAGCGCUUCGGCAGUAGGAUUAGGAGAUAGCGUGGGCCAUGCAGCUGCCCGCAGCCGUGUACCCCGAGCCAUGAACAGUCGGCUAUCCUUGGUCAGCUCCUUGCAAUCAGACGACACGAGAUCUCCUUCUUCGUUAAACCGGCCGCCAUCGGCAAUCAAUGCGCGACGACGACGUCAAACGAAUAAUGACAUUGAAUGGUCUUGA